CGCCGCACCACCCCUGGGAGCAGGUGGCAGCGCCGCCAGGGGUAGCCAAGGCCUGCGGGGAGCGCAGGCGUGCGGGGGCGCGCACGGGGAGGCGCGGAGCCGGCGGCGCCACAGGCCGCGGGGAGCGGGGAGCGGGGGGCGGGCCCCAGCAAGCGGGCCUCCGCGCGGCACUUGGCACGCAAGCGCAGACGGGCCGCGGGGCCCGGAGGCACACAGGAGGGGGAGCGAGAAAGAGGGGGGUGUGGAACGUAUUUCCGCUCUGGCGGACAAAUAAUACCGGCCAAAGGGGAGGCCAGGCCGUCCGGCCCUUUAAUCGUGUGGGGGGGCUGGCGAAGAAAGGGGGGUCGGGAACGGGGGAAUCCUGCUCCUUUAAUUCCCUCCCCUCUUCCUCCUCCCCGAGUUCUCGCCGACGCCGCCGCGCGCGGGGCCUGGAACACACGGCACGAGCCGCCCCCGCCCCUCCCCCCUUACGCCCACGCGGAGCCGGCCCCGCGCGCGCGCCCCGUGCACCCCCGCGCCUGCGCGCUGCCCAGGCCCUGCCCGUGCGUGGGGGCGCAGCCGACCCCGGGGGGGUGGGGGAAAUAGGGGGGGAAAAAAACAGCGCGCGGAACCGGGCCAGGGUUGCCCACCCCCGCCACAAUGGCCUCUGGGGUGGAAGUCCUGCGCUUCCAGCUGCCCGGCCACGAGGCCGCUACACUGCGGAACAUGAACCAGCUCCGUGCAGAGGAGCGGUUCUGCGACGUGACCAUUGUGGCCGACAGCCUCAAGUUCCGCGGCCACAAGGUCAUCCUGGCCGCCUGCUCACCGUUCCUGCGGGACCAGUUCCUACUGAACCCCAGCUCUGAGCUGCAGGUUUCACUGAUGCACAGUGCACGCAUAGUGGCGGACCUGCUCCUCUCCUGCUACACGGGUGCCCUGGAAUUCGCCGUCAGGGACAUCGUUAACUACCUGACGGCUGCCUCCUACCUGCAGAUGGAGCACGUGGUGGAGAAGUGCCGGAAUGCCCUCAGCCAGUUCAUUGAGCCCAAAAUAGGCCUCAAAGAGGAUGGGGUCAGCGAUGCUAGCCUUGUGAGCAGUGUCAGUGCCACCAAAUCCCUCCUUCCUCCUGCCAGGACCCCAAAGCCAGCCCCCAAGCCCCCACCCCCACCCCCUCUACCCCCUCCCCUCCUUCGGCCUGUGAAGCUGGAGUACCCGCUGGAUGAGGACCUGGAGCUGAAGGCCGAGGAAGAGGAUGAGGAUGAGGAUGAGGACGUGUCUGAUAUCUGCAUCGUCAAGGUGGAGUCGGCCCUGGAGGUGGCACACAGGCUCAAACCUCCUGGAAGCCUGGGAGGUGGGCUGGGCAUUGGAGGCUCCGUGGGCAGCCACCUUGGGGAGCUGACCCAGAGCAGCGUGCCCCCCAGCACUGUGGCCCCACCGCAGGGUGUGGUGAAAGCCUGCUACAGCCUGUCCGAGGACGCGGAAGGGGAGGGCCUGCUGUUGAUCCCCGGAGGCCGGGCCAGUGUGGGGGCCACCUCGGGCCUGGUGGAGGCAGCAGCGGUGGCCAUGGCUGCCCGGGGGGCGGGGGGCAGCCUAGGGGCUGGGGGGAGCCGGGGACCCCUGCCCGGGGGCUUCUCCAGUGGAAACCCCCUAAAGAACAUCAAGUGCACCAAGUGCCCAGAAGUGUUCCAGGGCGUGGAGAAGCUGGUCUUCCACAUGCGGGCACAGCACUUCAUCUUCAUGUGCCCCCGCUGCGGCAAGCAGUUCAACCACAGCAGCAACCUCAACCGCCACAUGAACGUGCACCGCGGCGUCAAGUCGCACUCGUGUGGCAUCUGCGGCAAGUGCUUCACGCAGAAGUCCACGCUGCACGACCACCUCAACCUCCACUCGGGAGCGAGGCCCUAUCGCUGCUCCUAUUGCGACGUGCGCUUCGCCCACAAGCCUGCCAUUAGGCGGCACCUCAAGGAGCAGCACGGCAAGACCACGGCUGAGAACGUGCUAGAGGCCAGCGUGGCUGAGAUCAACGUCCUCAUCCGCUAGCGUUAGCGGGGCAGGCAGCUGGGUCCCUGGGCUGGGUGAGAAGGGGGCUCUCUGGCCCAGGAGAAUAGGGGGGUGGGGGUCAGGGGCAGGCAGGUACGGUGGGGAACCUGAGCAGACACACAUCCUGAGGGAGGGGCCGAGGAUUCCUUGGAGAGAAGACCCUGGCUCUUCAGAAGAAAAGAAUGGAGGAGGAGAGGGUUCUUUAAGAAGGCCAAGGGAAUACGGAGUCAAAGAGAAAGAUUUUCUUUUCUUAGUUGUGCAUGGAUAUGUGGAGAGAGGAAAAGGGUCCUAUACAAAUGAGGAGGAAAAAAGACUGGAAACUGUUUUAUUCUUGGGGUAAGGCUGCCCAGGGAGAGAUUCUGACAUUUCUUGA